AUACACGCAGCUGUUUGGGUGCAUCGCGGCGCUUCGGGCUGUGAGAGCGGUCGGGCGAUUGUCGAUCAAGCUUCGGUUCCUCGCACUUCAAGCUGCACCGGUGCAGCUCGGUGUGUUAUGGGCGUCAACGGGCUGACUCGCCUCUUGGAGGAGGGCGGGCGACCGCGCGUCGUAACGUAUGCGUCCGGCGAGGGCCACGGCCAGGUGGUGGUGGUCGACGCCUCCGCCGUCGAGUACCACCUCCUGAGCCGGAUUCGCGACGGCCCCCACACCGACUGGCGAGAUCCCGCCACCUUCCACGGCCGCCUGUAUGCCGAGGUGUGUCGCUACCUGGGUGGACUGCUGCGGGCCGGGCUGCGGCUGGUGCUGGUGUUGGACAGCGCGGCGCCGCCCGGGACAGAGCCGACGGCGGCGGAGCGGCGGCGGAAUGCCCUCGCGGCGGGCAUGUUCAAGCCCCCCACCGCUGAGAUGGUGGUGCUUCAGGCAUACCAGGACCUGGCCCAGCAGCUGGGCGGCCUGACGCUCCGCCGCAGCCGCCACGGCGCCGACCCACUCAUUGCGGCGGAGGCCGCCGCCGCCGCCGCCCGCGGGCAGCUGCUGGCGGUGCUGACCGACGACUCCGACUUCUACGUGCUGGGCGGCAGCUGCGCGCCGCGCCUCAUCCACACCCACGGCGUAGUGGUGGACCCCGCGGGCUCGGUGACGCUGAUGGUGUGGGACACGCGCUGCCUGUGGCUGAGCCUGGCGAAGGCGGCGGCGGCGGGCCGCGGCGCCGCCGCCACCGCGGCCGGCGGCGCAGCUGCGCGUGCUUCGGAGCCGUCACUGCUGCGGCGGGCGCAGGUGGCGGCGGUGCUGGGCAACGACCUGAGCCAGGACGUGCGCCGUCGGCUGCAGGCGCGGAAAGGCGCGGUGGUGGGCGCUCGGCGCCUCGGCGGCGGCGGCUGCUACGCCGCUGGGCCCAGUGAGGUGGCGCGCGAGGUGCUGCGGCUGCCGGCGGGCGCGGCCCCGGACCUCAACUUCUUCCAGCAGCCGCCGGUGGGGCUCAAGUCCUUCGGCCCUGAGGACCUGGAGGCGUACAACGCGGUGGUGCAGGGCUAUCUGGAUGACGACGCGGCGGCACGUGACGGCUCUGCGGCGCGUCUGCUCACGCUGCGCAGCCCCCCGCAGCAGCCCCCGGAUCAGGCCGCUGCGGCGGCGGCGAUGGGUCCCGCGGCAGCGGCACACGGCGGUAACGGCGGCGCUGACGUGUCCACGACGCUGCCCUGGAUUCACCCGCAGCUGGCGGCGCGCAUUGCCGCCGUAGACCCAGUGCCGCCGCAGCUGACCUCGCUCGCGUGUCGCGGCCUGUCCACCUUCACGCUGCCGAUGGAGCACUGCCGCACGUUCCAGGACCUGAGGCGCAGCGUGACCUCGGCCCUGCUGCAGCAGCUGCAAGCGGGUGCUGCGGCAGGCAAUGGCGGAGGCCGCGGCGGCAAUGACGGCGCAGGAGGUCGCCGCGCCUACGAGUACUUGGCCGCCGAAAACGAAUUGCAUCUGCUGGCUAGCGGCGGCGGCGGCGAGCAGGCGGGCCCGGCGCCUGACGACGACGACUGCUGGUUCGACCCCGCGACCCACAUGCCGAAGGUGCCGGUGCGGGUUGCUGCACAGGCAGUGGCGGCUGCGGGGCUGCCGCAGCGCCAGGCGACCUUGGCGGACACGGCGCGCGCGGUGGAGGCCGCCGCCGCAGCCGCCGCAGCCGCAGCAGCAGCAGCCGAUGGAGCCGCCGUAGCGCCUGGCGCUGACGGCGGCCUGCCUCCCGCGCUGGUCAUGUACUAUGCCCUGCUGCUGCACGCGGCCGACCCCGACCCGGCCGCCUGGCAGCUGCAGCAUGUGCGGCAGUACCUGCUGCCGGGCGUGGCCAUGCCGGUGGAUCUGCUGGCGGCGGAGGCGGCAAAGGGGGCUGGGGGCGGUGGUUUUGAUGCCGACGAUGACGCGGGUGCGGAGAUGGCCCCGGAGGUGGCUGCGGCCCUGCGUGCGGGGCGUAACGUUGUGGACGUGGGCAGCGCUCUCACGGACAAGGACUGGUCGGACAUCGACGCAAAAGACGUUGUGAACCGUGUGCGCUCCAGCGCGGGCUUCAUGCUCAUGGGCCACAUCCGGCCCUGGCAGCCAGCACCGCUGCCGCUGCCGCAGCCGCCGCCAGGAGCAGUGGCGGCGGCGGCGGACCGGGACGCCGCCGCCACUGCCCGGGCAGACAGCCGCGAUGCGCCGCGGCUGGUGGCGCUGGCGCGCGCUGCCCUGGACGCCGGCGGCGACAGCGCCCUGUGGGGCCGCAUGAGGGCGGCCUGGGCCGCUGCCCGUGCUGAGGUGCGGGAUCAGGCGCUGUGUGACAUGUGGAGCAGCGCCAACCGGCCCUCACCCAACGCGUCUGUCGUCACGCCUGAGGCGGCGGCGGCGGCCGCAGCAGGCGGAGGUGCAGGCGGCGCAGGCGGCGCAUCUGCGGCGGCGAUGACGGCCACCACCGCGCCCAUGCGGUAUCGCCACCAGCAGCAGCUGCUAGACCUCAUUGAUGAGCACCUGACGCUGGCGGCAGAGGGGGGCGUAGGGCCGGCGGGCGGCGCAGGGGGCGCAGCAGGAAGUCGCACGCUGGGUGCCGGCGACGGCCAGCCCAUGCUGCAGGCAACCCCCGGCAGGCGGCUGUCAGUGGUCCUGUCCACCCCCACGGGCAGCGGCAAGACCUUCACGGCCGUCAUGCUGCAGCUGCACGUGCUGCGGCAGCGGCAGGCGAGGGCGCAGGGCGGCGGCGGGGGCGGGGCCGGGGCGAGUUCGGCGCCGGAUGCUGGCGUGGCGGAGGAGGCACGUAUAGGGCACCCCGGCACCAUCCUUAUCUAUUCCGUGCCCACCAAGCAGGUUUUGAAGCGCGUUGGCCAGGAGUGUGAGGCGCACCGCAUCGUGUACUGGACGGCGGCGUCGGUGGGAGACCUGUUCCAGGUGCGGCGGCCCUACUCCAUCCGCACGCGGAAGGACACGACCAAGCGCGAUGACAAGGUGGCCACUGGACCCAUGGACCAGCAGCUGCGAGACUGCAAGGACAAGGGCGUGCAGUUCUGUGACCGCGGCGGCGGUGUGCCCGAGGUGGUCAUCGCCGACAUCCGGGCCACUGCGGGGCUGCUGGCGGCGGCGCACGCCUGCCAGGCCGACAGGUUCUACCACUGGCGGCGGCUGGUGCUGUACCUGGACGAGCCCAACAUGGGGCUGCACCUAGACCCACAGCUGCGUCAAGUGGUGCAGCACGUGAUGUCGCACGCGCCGCUGACCACUGUGCUGGCGUCCGCCACACUGCCGGGCUGGGAGCGGCUGCCGGCCUGGUGGCGGGGGCCGACACGGCCGGGCGCGGCGGCGGCGGGCACCACGCGCCUGGUGAUUACGCAGGAGCCCUACGAGCUGCCCGUGUGCCGGCUGGCGGUGCUGGAUGCGGCCGCGGGGCAGGUGGUGCCGCUGUCGCCGUUGGACCUGUUCGCGGACGCUGCGGAGGCGGCGGCGGUGCUGGCUGCCAACCCUCGCGCCCGCGUGCUGCUGCUGCGGCACUUCAGCCCGCGACAGGCCAACCGCCUGCUGGGCAUUGGUGGCAGCGGUGGCAACGGCCCGGCUGUAGGAGAUGAGGAUGGAGAUGGCGCGGACUUGGACGGCGGCGCGGAGGAUUGGGAGUUGCUGGGAGAGCACGUGGGCGGCCUGCGCUCUGAGAAGCUGGAGCCGGCACUGCUGCGGCUGCUGGGAGACCCAGUGCGGUUCGAGGAGCUGAAGGCGGAGUGGCGGGCGGCGGACAGGCCGGUGCCUGCGCCGCGGGGCCUGGCGGACGCGCUGUCCAAGACGGCGGUCACCAUGGUCGCCACGACCGAGCCCCGCCGCGUGGCGCUGCAGCUGGCGCGCGAGAACCUAGAGGGCGAGGCGGCGUGGACGGCCAAGGCGGCGGAGCUGCGGGGGCUGGUGAAGGAGGCCGCCGCCGCCAAGCGCAAGGCCGAGAAGGAGCGGGAGAGGAUGGACAGGAGGGGCGUGGGUGCGGAGGCGGCGGCCGAGGCCGGAGGCAGAGGCGCAGCGGCCAUGGACCGGCUUGGCGACGGCGCCGGCAGCGCGGGGCGCGUGUCGCUCAGGCCGGGAGUGAUGGUGGACGCCGAGGAUGCGCAGGACGGCGCGCAGGAUGACGACACGCUGGUGAUGCUGUCGCAAGGCAUUGCCUACACCAGCAGCAGCAAUGUGGAGCCGCUGGUCAAGAGCCAGUACCAGCAGGCCCUGCUGUACGCGCCCGACCGGAGCGGCCGGCGGCCGGCGCUGCACACCCUGGUGGUUGAUUACAGCGCCGUGUACGGCACCGACGCCCCCGCGGUGGACACGCUGGUGCUGAGCCCCGACCUGGCUGCGCUGCUGUCCCCCGCCGACCACCAGCAGCUGAUGGGCCGACUGCGCCGCGACGGCGCCGCCGUGUACCCAGACUACGACGCGCUGCGCGCGGCGGUGCUGGGGCUGGGGCGGCGGGAGCUGGCGGCGCGGCGCGAGGCGCGGCAGGCGGCGUGCCGCCGCGACGUGCUGUCCGUGCUGGCGCCACACGUGGCAUCGGCGGGGGCGGGGACGGCGGAGGCGGCUGCCACCCAGGCUGUGGUGGCCCAGCUGCGGGCGCUGGCGCGGCCGGGCGUGUUCGGCCGGCACGAGGUGGCGGCGCUGGUGCUGCAGGCGGCGCUAUGCAGCCUGUUGGUGCCGCUGCCGGAGCUGCUGACAGCGCAGGAGCCGGCGGGCGGGGCCGGCGGCGCCGCCGGCGAGGACGAAGCCGUGGCGGCGGCCGAGGCAACGGCGGCGCAGCUGGCGGCGGCACCGGACCGUGAGCUGCUGCGGGCCGUGCUGGGGCGGCUGAAGCGCUGGGGCGGUCUGCAGCCGCUGGAGCUGUUGGCGGGGCUGCGACUGCGGCAGCCGGGUGAGCAGCGGCGGCUGGUGGAGGCACUGGCCGAGCUGUGUGGCGGCAGCAGCGGCGGCUUGGUUGGUGGUGGCGAGGGAGAGGGGCAGGAGGGGGUGGGGGUGAAGUCGCGGCUGCAGCGGCUCUUAGUGUUAGCACAGCGCAUCAUGGGGGAGCUGGCGGACGCGGACGUGCUGGAGGCGGAGGGGCUGCAGGCGUGGCUCGACCGGUGGGGCCAGCCGCAGCAUGGCGGGCAGCAGCCGCUGGUGGCGGGGGCAGGGGGCACUGGUGCCGACCGGCCGCCAGCUGAGUUUGUGCGGGACGUGCGGGAGGUGGCCAAGUAUGUGGGAGAGAGCAGCGAGGAGGAGGAGGACGAGUAGCCAGCAGGAGGAGCAGGGCAAGGUAAAUGAGACCCACGUUCUGGCAUUAAAAUGGCCUCAUGUGGUGGGUUGCUGCUGGCGAAGCUGGAAGUUUGAUGUGGUUGGAUGACGCGGUGACAGGGCCAUGGCAGCAACAGCAUGGGAUCCAGCUGAGACGUGGUGCCUUGAGAUGGCACGGCUGUAAUGGUCAGUAGCAGUUGCUUUCCCGACUGUGACAGAGGCCGUCGUGCAGGAAGGGAACCCUGCCGUAAGCUGCUUGUCGAGCUGCUGAUGUGAAGGGGGGCUACGGGCCUGUACACAACGAGCGUUCCG